UUUGUCCUCUCGGGUAGAGUCUGCCAAACCUCAAGAGAAGCCUGUGCCUGCUGUGCUGUGGAGCCAGCUCACUGCUGAGGCUGAUGGGCAUCCCCGCAUUCCUACGCCUCCUUGCCACUGAGAGCAGCUGGGCUGACCGCAAGCCUUCCCAGCCUUUGGGCCCCAUGCUUCUGUGGACAGCCGUGCUACUCCUUGCUCCUGUUGCUGGGACACCUGCAGCUCUCCCGAAGGCUGUGGUGAGACUUGAGCCCCCGUGGAUCAAUGUGCUCAAGGAGGAUGACGUGACUCUGACGUGCUGGGGGGCCCACACCCCCGGGAACUACUCCACCCAAUGGUUCCACAAUGGGAGCUCCAUUCCGACCCAGAUCCAGCCCAGCUACAGGUUUAAGGCCAAGACCAAUGACAGCGGGGAGUACAGGUGCCAGACGGGCCAGAGCAGCCUCAGCGACCCUGUGCAUCUGAAUGUGUUUUCCGAGUGGCUGGUGCUCCAGACUCCUCACCUGGAGUUCCAGGACGGGGAAACCAUCAUGCUGAGGUGCCACUCCUGGAAGAGCAGGCCUUUGGGCAAGAUCUCAUUCUUCCAGAAUGGAAAAUCCAAGAAGUUUUCCUAUUCCAAUGCCAACUUCUCCAUCCCACAAGCAAACCACAGUCACAGUGGUGAUUACCACUGCACAGGAAUUAUAGGACAGACGCCACAUUCAUCCCAGUCUGUGACCAUCACUGUCCAAGAGCCCAAAGAGAGCAGCUCUUCGCCAAUGGUGGUAAUUGUGGCUGUGGUCACUGGGAUUGCUGUAGCGGCCAUUGUUGCUGUGGUAGCAGCCUUGACCUACCGCAGGAGAAAGCGGACUUCAGCUCUCCCAGGAAACCCUGAGCACAGGGAAAUGGGAGAAACCCUUCCAGAGGAACCAGGUGAGUACAGCGUUCCAUUUGGGGAUUCAGUGAUGCCCCACCCAGAGCUGCCAGAUGGCCUGGAGCCAGCAAGAAGUGGCUCGCCCAAUCUCACUGAUGCUGAGGAGGCUGCCAAAGUUGAGGCUGAGAAUACAAUCACCUAUUCACUUCUUCUGCACCCAGAAGCUCUAGAGGAAGACACAGAGCCCGAUUACCAGAACCGCAUUUAGUCUCCACUGUCUUGCUCUGGGAUUUGGGAAGAGAGGAGAGGAUUUGGUGUCUCCUGGCCUAAAUUUCUGUUGGGGAGGACAAGGGGAUGCUGCAGUUCCAAAGAAGAAGGACUCUUCCAGAGAAAUCUGAGUCCGGAAGCCAUAGACAACAUGGUCCUGGAUGACUAACUGCACCUUCUGUGCCUCAGCACUUCUCGACAUCAAGACUCUUCUAUCACACAUCCACACAGCUGAUAAAAUUAGUAAAAUUACUGCUAUUAAGAGAUUGUAGCAACAUGGGAAAUGCUUAUGUUACAGGUUACGAGAACAAUUAUGUAAGUUUAUAUGAAUUCAGAAAUGUUAAAAUAGAUUAACCAACACUGACACAUUAAAAGUGAUUUUUUUUUUCA